UAUGGCGUUUUGCCGCUGAACUCCUACCGUCGCCAAACAUUCAGUCCGUUGAACAAGCUGAAUAUUCUCUUCUCCCGGCGAUGCAGCGCAGGCCAGGUUCAGUCGAACUUGGCGGUUGGACAGUAUCAGCACCACCACCACCACCAUCAGGUGACGAAUGACGCCUUCGACACAGACGAGACAGAUUCCACAUCGACCAACUUCGCCUUCCUUCAACCGUCUCCAAUUCUGCUGGAGGAAGGUCCUUCGAACCCCGACGAAGACGUCCACACCACCCUGAUUGCCACGCCGCCAAGACUUCAAAUUAACGAAGUGGAAACCCAAGAUGAGGAGGGAGAGGGGGAGGAAGUGAAGAAGGCGGUGAAUGAGGGAGGAGAAAUCGACGAGGGUAGGACACAGAGAAUCACUGCAUCUACCAACAACAGUAGUCGCUCCUCUGAGGGUCUGCAAACUCUCAUGGUAAACGGGAAAGUGCCCAACUUGGCACGGAGGAACUCUUAUUGCCCAGUCAGACUCAUGCCACCGGACAAGCAGCAGUUGCUGCUGCCUGAGAGAAAGACGCGUAGUGAGAAUGGCAGCCAGCCCGCCAUCAUUCGAAACUCCAGUGAACGAAGAUUCUACAUCACUCCAGUUACAGACGGCCCCUCCUUCGGCUGUGAUGCCGUUCUUCCAAAUCAGUCCCUCGUCACCCUUCACCACCUCACCCACUCACUGUGCCUACACAUCAGUCAAAGCUGGCCGUAG